AUGGGUGAUCGUUUAUUCUUUCUUUCUUUCUUUCUUUCUUUCGUCUGUUCUAAUCUAUCUAUCUAUCUAUCUAUCUAUCUAUCUAUCUAUCUAUCUAUCUAUCUAUCUAUUUAUCUAUCUAUCUAUCUCCUUUUCUUUGCUUCCCCUCUUUCUUUCUCCUUAACUCUCUCUCUCUCUCUCUCUCUCUCUCUCUCUCUCUCUCCCCAGUGGUCUUUUGCUCAGAUGGAACAGCAAAAACGAAUAUUUUCAACUGACAAUCAAUCAAUCUAUCUAUCUAUCUAUCUAUCUAUCUAUCUAUCUAUCUAUCUAUUAGUUUCAGUUUUACGCUUUCAUGCCUAUUUAUCUGCAUUCACAUGCACACACACAUUUUGGUUAAUAUUUAUUUGGCGAUCUAUCUAUUUUACUCUAUCUAUCUUUAUCUCACUCUGGAUCUACACCUCUCUAUCUCUAUCUCUCUCUCUCUCUCUCUCUCUCUCUCUCUCUUUUCUAUCUCAGUCUGAACAUUAUCUAUCUAUCUAUUCGAUAUGA